UCUCCAUCUCCACCUCCUCCCCCCCUGCCGUCCCUCCCCCACCAGCCCUGCCUCCUCCUCCCUCCUUCCAUGCCUUAGAUGUAGAGAUCAGGAAGCUUCUGAUGCUGGCUGGACUGACCCAAGCAGAGCUUCAGAAGCUGAGUCCAGAGCUGGGGGUCUGUGUUGGGGGACUGGAGGAGCAGGAAGAGGGCCUUAAGCUUCACCUGAGCAGACCUGGAGAGCCACAGGAACGAGGGACCCCUAGAAGGGAGGACAGAAAGGGGGAGGAGGAAUAUGAUAUAGGUGGGAUGACUUUGGAUGAAUGGAGAGAUGGAGGAAAGUUAGAUGUGGAAAGUCAUAGAGGGAUGUACGCCCUCGGAGAAGCAGAAGAAGAAGAAGCCAAGAAGGAGGAGAGCAGGAGUCCACUUCGGACCACCUCCUUUACCGAGAUGGCGAAGAGAAGGAACAGAAGAAGUGGGUUCGGGGCCCCUGAACCGUCCUAUUGCACUGGCCUCAGUAAUGCUGCUGAUAAGAAAGCUACAAACAUGACCUUUGGGACUUUCAGUUACUCCCCUGUGUUCUCGGAUCCCCCUCCCCCUCCUCCUCCACGACCUUUACCCCCAGUCCCCCCCACCCUGCCUCCUAUCAAAGUCUGCACCCUCACUGCCAACUCCUUCAGACCUGACCGAUUUGAUUGGCUGAUGGCGUUUUCACCCGACGGGGAAACGCCACCACUCCCCCCGAGAAAACAUGAGCUGGUGAGUCCACCGACGAAGACAACCUCCCCGAAGACCACAACAUCCCCGAAGACCACAACCUCCCCGAAGACCACAACCUCUCCGAAGACCACAACCUCCCCGAAGACCACAUCCUCAUCAGGGUCUACCUCAGGUAGGGGGUCAGGGUCAGGGUCAAAUGUGACAACCUUCAAGGAGCUGCGUAACCGUAGCAAGACCAGCUUCCCCCCCACUCAGAUCAUAACCGACCCAGACCCCGACCCCAACAUCAUCACCCCUGACCCUGACAUACUCUACAACCUCAAAUGGAGGAGGGAGAAGACGGACGGGGACGAUGUCCAAUGGGAGUACACCUCCCAGGCUCAGGCCGUCUUCAUGAACCCGCCCCCUCUCACCUCAUUGGCUGCCCUCAGAGAAAUGUUCCAAAAAGAGGAUGAUGACAUUGGACAACCCGAAGUGCGUCCAUCACAGAAGAUUGGGUGCUCAGCCAGCGAGGGGGACCUGUGGAUGAGGGGGCUAGAGAGAGAAGGGGAUGGACAGAUGAGGGAGGAGGAGGAAAGAGAAGGAGAUGAAGAGAUGGAGGUGAGAGGAAGAGCGGAUGGAGGAAGAACACUGGAGUCCAGAACCACAGCGGUCCGCAGCGUGUCGUUCGCCGGUUCGGAACCAAAAGGCUUGACUUCCUGGAUGGGAGAAAAUGUGCGGGGUCCUGUGAGAGGUCUCGGGCUGUCCUCUCUGUGCCCGCAGGAAAAGAGAGCUCUGGUCAGUUCAGUCAGCGUGGCGGUGGAGGCUGUGUUGGCCCAGUUCAGCUCCUCCAGGACCCUGGUACAGAAGCCUGUUUAUGAGGCGCUGUCAGGAGACAGUAGUGUGAAUCCGUCUGUGGGUCGCCUGGCGCUGCAGUGUCUCUGCCCCGCCCUGCGCAGCCUGCUGUCCGAUGGCCUCAAGCCCCACCAGAAUGACCUUAUUGCAGGCAGGAGGCCAAAUUCAGCCUGGGGACUGGUCCAGGCCUCCACCAAGUCAGGCCCCGGUACAGCAGCCUUGCACAGCAUUCAGACUCGUGUUGGAGAGCUAACACAGCUGAGGCAAAGCAAACACAGGUUCAACGCCUUCCUGCUCGGCCUGCUCAACAACAAGCUGCUGGAUUUCUGGCUCUCUCAUCUGCAGUCCUGCAGUGACGUGCUGGAGACAUUUUAUCGUCCCACUUCCUUCAUGCGCCUGUCCUCCACUUCCUGCCAGCCUCUGUUUGAAGAGCUCCUCCUUCUCCUGCAGCCACUCGGCCUGCUGACCUUUAACCUUGACCUGCUCUUCCAGCACCACCAUCUCGAGCCAGCCAAUCAAAGCCCAGACAUCCCUAGCCCACCCAAUCAGGAUGCAGGGUUCAGGCUCUCACCACGAGGGGCGGCUGCUAAUUGGUCGGGUAGAAGCUACUUUGAGAGCCUGUCAGAGCUUGAUUCUGGGAGCGUGGAACUUGAGGAGACCAAUGUCAGAGCAAGUUCCUGUUCAAUGGCUGAUUCGCUGGCUGGAGGGUUGGGGGAGUUGGCCAAUGGCGGUGUGGCGUCUGUGAAGGUCCCUGUCUGUGUGGGGAAGACAAGCCCUCAGCUGCUGUGGGUGCAGGAGAAGGAGAUAAGGAACAUAGCGCCUCCUAGUGACGGGGAGGCCAGCUUAUCCCAGCAGGCCGGACAGGUCAUCCAGCAGGGAUGGGGUGCUGUGAUGCGCUGGGGGGGCCGGCUGGGCCAGAACUUGACGGAGCUGAGCCCAGGGGUGACAUGCAGACCUCCAGACCUCCAGGGCCAGGCUCAGCACACUGACCCCAGUGGGAGUGAGCGUCCUCGGGCAGACGGUGCUGCAGCUGUACCCUGGAGCUUUGGGAGACUGUUUGGUGCCUCUAAAGACUCUAUGACACCCACCCCACCGAGCAGACGUCCUUCUCAGUGGCUGGCUCCUGGUGUCACUGUUCUGACCCGCAUGGUCAGCAGCAGUUCCACCCCCACAUUCAAGAGGGCGCUGGAGCCUGAGGCCAAGUGCCAGAUAGAGAUGGAGAGACAGAGGGAGGGGGACACUGAGGAAGACACGGACAAGCCACGCCCCCUCAGGUCGGUCAGGACGCUGUGCGAUCACUCUGGCACAGGGGCGGAGCUUAGCUUCCAGAAGGGGGAGGAGCUAGUCAUCUUGGGUGGCGUCGACCACGACUGGAUUCGCUGCCGUCAAGGAGAAAAGGAAGGCCUCGUGCCCAUUGGCUACACCUCCUUAAUCAUGUGACUUCAGUUGCCGGAUUGCUGCUGAUAUAAGAAUUUAAGAACAAAAAAACAAAAAAAAGAUUAAUAAUGAGAGGUUGUGUUCAGGUACUAAUACUCUAGAGAAUAGAUAGUUCACACUUAAAUCAAGAUGGUCUGAAAUGUAGGUACAUAGCGUACAACACCAUCUGCUGUAUUCAGUUCACCGUGUGAGGAAACAGCAGCGUUAACCCACACAUGAACAGGUGUGGGUCCCCUUCGUUCGGUGGAAUUUAUUUGUAUGGAAUUUCACAGGGAACAAGACAAGUACAACAGAUGGUGUGCAAUAACAACUCCGCUCAAAUCGACAACACUUCUCAUCUUUGAUUUCGUGGUGAUUUAUCUCUUGUUCCUUGUUUCUCCAUCCUCUCUCCUCGUGACCAAAGAUCUGGCAGCAUCUGGAUGAGUCUGAGCCAGAUGAGAUCUGUGCUUAAUUCAGCUCCUCCCCGCGCUCUCAGAUCAGUGGUCACUCUGAGGCGUGGCGGCCUGCUGGUCAGGUGUUUCCCUGCUGCGUCGUCGUAGAGACGCGGCUCAGACCAGCCGGACGUCCAGUGGAGGAAGGGGUGUUCGAGUAUUGGCCCGUAGUUCCUGUUGCGUAGAGAUGUAACUUAGUGACCCGUAGCUGUGUUCUGUGACCUCUCUGAUAACCCUGACCCCCCCCCCCCCGUGGCCUGGUUUGUGUGUUGACAUGUUUCUGCAACUAUUAAGCGUUAAAUGAUAACUAUUUGACUGUAUAAAUAUACAUACAAAAUAUAUAUAGGUAUAUGAAUAUAGACUGGUUUUACCAAGAUAGAUAGAAAGAUGGAUGAACACGAGAAAAACAGAUGAGAGAUAAUUCAAAGAUAAAACUUUCAAGGUUGAUCAAGAGUUUAACUCGUUAGUGAUUGGCUCUUUGAUUUUGCUGCUCUCACCAAUCACAAUUCUAGAUUUUAGUAGCCCCUCCCCCACACAGACUGUGGAUGUGCUGUGUCACGUGAUCUGGUGUCUGAAGGUUUCUUCCUGUGUGUUGUAUUUCCUCCCACCCUCAUAGCAUCAUAUCCACGUCAUCAGUAGAUAUAAUCUCAUAUGUUUAGUCCCUGAAUGCGUAGGACUGUGAAUGCUUUGAAUGAAUGCAAAAGAAUAUCUAUUGAAUAUCUAAAGAAUAUCUAACGAAUCUGCCCUACUGUCAAGACAGCACAGUAGACUCUAACUAGCGUAGCAGUACUGUAGCUGAGAUACGCACCUCCUCUUCAGUCUCACAUCCAGAUACUUCACAGGCUACCAGUUGAACCAUCCACCUCGCAGACACUCAGCAUUCAACCAAUCAGAGCUUACGAGCGUAUGUUCCUUCCUUGUUUCUGAUUGGACCACAGCUGUAAAAAUCCACACCUGUGAAUGGCUGCCUUGUCCCUGAGUCUGUGUGACUGAACGAUCACAUGCUACCCUACUUGUCAUGUUAAACAUGUGAGAUGAUCAUCGUUCAUAUUAUUAGUAGUGGUAGUGCAAGAUGUUCAAGUGGUAGUGUAUUGAUAACAAUGUUAUAUCACUAACAAUAUGCUGUAUGGUAUUUUAGGAUUUGGUUGGUAGUUAUUCUGUAGAAUUAGCGUUAUGACUAUGCAUAUCAUGUACUUCUCAAGCUCUCUGGUGGAAAGAUUCUGCGGUGAUCAUAGUUUAUUUGCUUUUAAAGCUACCCUCCAUACUAGAAUGCAGUACUCCAGACAUUCAAGUGUCUUUUGUAAAGUCUUAUAUUACUACACCUACCUUGAAUGACCUAACCCUUAACUUGAAUUCAGGAAACACAACUGUUGAAAUGUCUUUUUGAUUGGCUGGGAAAGGCACAGUAAAGGUCUUCGUGCCAACAAGCCAUGUAGCCUGAGCAUCAUGUUACUAUGACGAUGCUCAAGGGUAAAAUGACCCUGGCAGCCAUAUUUCCAAAAGUACUGUAAGGUGUCUAGUUAGAGAUACACACCCACCAUCUGUGGCUGCCAUUCAAUGUCCAAGCCCCUAGACCAUAUAAAUGUAUUUGCAGAUAAAUAAUAAACAAUAACUAUAAGGUAGUAUUGUGUUUGUCGAGAUUACCCAUUUAUCUUGACGGUUUAGGAUUUUGUUCUGGUUGAUUCAGGUUUAUUUUUAUGUUUGAUGUUUAAUGAUCGUCUUAAUGCUUUUGUAUCAGAUGUUAAUUUAUUGGAUGUUAUUUUUGGAGAUGUGCUGAGAUUUCUGGAAGGUAAACAGCCGUCUCAUGUGAACACUCCUAACUGUCUCUCUAUCUAUCUGGGGUUCUGCGUGUGUUCGUGUGUGUGCGCGCGCCUCCACAUGUUCAUGUGAGUCCAUGCAUCUGUACUCUCGCACGUGCCCGUGUGCACAUGUGAGUGUGCACGUGUGAGCGUGCACGUGUGAGUGUGCACAUGUGUGUAGCAGUGUGUUUCUGUAUUCUGGUGUGAUGUAGGCUACCAUGCCCUCUAUCUUACUGUUGCAUUUAUAGUAGCUCCUGCCCCUCUAGUGUCAGUCAAAGUCAAACCCCUGCAUGUGCUUGUUUGUAAAUAUAUCCAAUAAAUAAUCAAUAUACACCAGUCCUUCCUCAUGUGUUGGUGUGUGUUGAAGGGUCAUGGGGUCAUGGGGUGAGGGUCAGAUAGACUUGGAUAGAAAGUCUUUGGUACUACUGUUCCUACGGAUGAUCUCCUGCAAAGGUGAUGAGGGAGGCAGUACUCUCCUCUCACCACUAGAGGGCACUGUUUGUCCGGUCAUGAGGGCUAUCCUGAAGGAGCUCCAGUAGAGGGCCUAGUAGACUGAGGAACAUCUGUUAGCUUGAACAGUCUCACUCCGCAAACAGUUACACGAACACAUCAGACACGGUUGCGUUGACGAAAAUUGCAUUUUAUUGUCAUCAAUAUAAAGGCAAAGGUUUGAAAUGACAUUCUUUGACAAUGAGCUAUGCUUUUCUUCUUUUCGAUACAGUUUUCAGAAUCUAUCGCGAAAUGGUACAUGUCAUGCAAACUAAAUAUAUAGGUUUUGUAUCUUAUAUUUGCUAUCAAGUUAACCACUGGCAAUGAUGUAGUGCUUUCAGUUUAAUAUGAAAGGAACGACACAUGUAAACAGUCAAAUAAAUGGCACUUUCUUGGUUUGGUGAUGCAGGCAGGCCACCUCAAACCACAGAGAGCUACCGUAUAUAAACGCAACACAAGCAAUCUGUUCUUUUCGCUGAUUGUCCGGCCCAGCUACAAAACACAACCUUCCACUUAGGGAAAAAAGCGAACAUGUCAAAUAGAAAACAAAACAUUAAAAAAGUCAAACUGUAUACAAUCAUAGUCCAUUAAAAGAGAAAUAUUUGAUCCAAUUUCACAUUGGUCAGUUUUGUUUAAAUACGUUUUAGUAAAAUGAAGGCCUUUGAUUAACUUUUCCUCUUCUGUAUAAUACUAAUAAUUACAUUACUGAUAUCUGAGAAAGUGCAUAAAUCUAUGAGCUUAAUUGUUCUGUUCACCCUAUGUAUAUGCAUGUAUACUGCAUAUAAAUACAGUAUAUAUGUUUGUGUAUGUAUGUAUGUACAUUCACAUGGAGCUCAAUGCCAUUAUAUUUCUACUGUUACCCCAUGUAUAAGAAUAAUCGUACUACUAAAUCUUUACAGGUAAAUGAGCUUAAAUGACCAUAUUCACCAGUUCACAACUUUAUCAAAUCAAAAUGGGAGAUAUUGCUUUUAAAGACUGCAUUCAUUGAGGUACCUACAGUUUACUACAUGGCACGUCACCCGUGCAGUGUGAGCAGUAGUCUCUCUCUCUGAAUGUUCCCGCUCUCUCAGGAGAGGGAAACAAUAUCAAAGGCCGUCUGAAGUUGUACAUCGCUGGAGAGCUCACACCCUCCCCAGACACAACACAGGAAAAUACUCACACAAAUACAUAUAUAUAUAUAUGCCGUUAUUUGAGAGCGCUAAAUUUGCCCUUUGAAAAUAAUCUCAUUCAAAAACCCUCAUUAAAAAGUCUAUUGCAGUGAAGCCACGAUCAUGGCCGACACUAGACAUUGCCCUUCUCCUCCAACUAUAUGGCACAGCUUCCUCUCCCUGUCUUCAUUUCAUGUACAACAUCAUGGAUCGAAGGUCUAAUUCAAGUCAGAGGUGCCUUUCCUGUUUGCCUGUUAUCUCAGUCAAAGUAGACCAGGGGAAGUGGACAAGGAGAGGGAGCUAGUUCUUAAUUUUCAGACACAGCCCUCAUCUCG